CCGCAGCAUUCCUGCUAAAUCACCAAUAACCGCGGCCUCUCCAAAGAAGGCCCUCUUCAUUCUCUCUACCUCGCUCGAAUUUGAGACAUUCCUUUCAACCCUUCUUUCACGACUUUACAAACAACGCCAGCACCAUCGAGCUCGCCGAAAUGGCAUCACCCACUCCGGCCCCCCGGCCGGACCAAAUCUCUGCCUCGACCCCCCUCCUCCAAUCCGACUCGACUUCCUCAUGCGCUUCUUCCAUCCGUUCCCUCUCCCCGUCCCGACGACGUCAUCACAAUGGGCGUACCUCCCCAGCCGCCGCUGCCUCGGCCCGCAAUCUCUCCUUCGCCUCGGCCCUGCUUUCCUCCCUCUGCGCCGGCUCCAUAACCAUCUUCAGCAUGUACGGCCACAUCUUCCAGGAGCGUCUACACUACACCCAGUUCGAGGUCAACGGGUUGUCGAGCGCCGCUUCGUUCGCCACAUACAUGCCGGUGCCUUUGCUGGGGUACAUGUGCGAUCGCGUGGGGCCGGGACCGCUAUCGUUUGUGUCGGCGCUGUUCUUUGCGGCUGGGUAUGGGCUGGCUGCAGGGGUGUAUAAACGGGAGGCGGAUGGGGCGGCCUUGGGCAACGGUGCUGAUGGCGAGGAUACCGGAAGAUUGGCGUAUGCGGCCAUGAUUACUGCGUUUGUAUUCAUCGGCGUGGGAACGUGCUCCAUGUAUAUGAGCGCUGUGGCGACGUGUGCAAAGAACUUUGGAAGGGGAAAACAUCGGGGACUGGCACUUGCGGUGCCUAUUGCCGCGUUCGGGCUGAGCGGGAUGUGGCAGAGCCAGCUAGGAAGCCGAGUGUUCUAUGAAAGAUUUGCGGAUGGGACAAAGGGCGACUUGGACGUCUUCCACUUCUUCAUCUUCUUGGGAGUCCUGCUAUUCGUUGUUGGUUGCCUAGGCACGUUCGGCUUGAAGAUCGUUGACGAAGAAGACCUAAUCGACGAAGCUGUCGAAGAAUUGGAACGCAGCGGUUACCUCGACGGAAGCACAUUCCUCCAGGGGAGCUGGACUGCAGACAGACCGGGCUACGGCGCCAUCGAGCAAUCACCCCUCGACAUGGAAAGCGCCGGCAUUCUCGACCCCUCCAAGCCCGACAACGACUCCGACUCGGAAGAAGAAGAUGACAACGCCCGCAUCAAGAAAACAUGGGUCCUCAACGCCGAGACCCGACGGUUCCUAAACGACCACACAAUGUGGUGUUUCGCCCUCGGCUUCUUCCUCAUGAUCGGCCCUGGUGAGGCCUUCAUCAACAACCUCGGCACCGUCAUCAAGACGCUCUACCCACCCCAUCUCAAAUUUGUCGGCGAACCCACCUCAGCGGCCACCCACGUCUCUAUUGUCGGCAUCACCAGCACCCUUGUCCGCCUUCUCACCGGUUCUCUGACCGACCUUCUCGCACCCAGCCCGCAGGCCCGUCACGUCCAGAUUACCUCGUCCGGAACUCUCGAACGCAAGCGCUUCUCCCUCUCCCGCGUGUCCUUCCUGCUCUUCUUCGCCGUCACACUCUCCGUCGGCUUAGCCACCCUCGCUUCGGGCUGGAUUCAAAACCACGGCGAGCGGUUCUGGGUCGCCUCGGGUUUGGUCGGUGCCGGCUAUGGCGCCGUUUUCAGUCUUACGCCAAUCAUCAUCACCGUGAUCUGGGGCGUCGAAAACUUUGCGACCAACUGGGGCAUCGUGGCCAUGUUCCCUGCUCUUGGCGCCACGUUUUGGGGCUUGGUGUACUCGGCUGUUUACCAGUCGGGAGUGGAGAAGGCGGCCUCUAACGGGCAAGGCGGGGAGGAGGAUCAGUUUUGCUAUGGGAUCCAGAAACUUGCAACGAACCGUGCGUUGCAUCAAGCGCGGCAAUUGACCAAUUGGGCAUCGACCUUUUCAUUUUCUUUUGCCAUUCUCACUCACCAUCUCUCAUCUCAUACAAACAACUCGUCCAUAGUCUCCAAACGCUCCGUCGAAAAACUCUACUACCCCAACGAGCCUCAUUUCUUCCGCUUCUUCGUUAAGAAAUUCCAGCGACGCGCGCCGCUGAUUAAUCGCGGUUAUCACUUUCGUUUGCACGUCAUUGAUGUGCUUGUUCGCAAUUUCUUGCAAGAGCAAAGAACUGGAGAAGCCAAAGGAAAGAGAAAAGUGGUGGUUAAUUUGGGCUGUGGAAGCGAUGUGUUGCCUUGGCAGUGUUUGACUAGGUAUCCAGAUGCUUGUCGCUCCGGUGAGAAAGACGGGGUGAAGUUUGUGGAUGUCGAUUUCCCGGAUCUGAUUGAGCGGAAGAAGCGGACGGUUUUGGAGACGCCGGAACUUUUGGGGCCGUUGACGAACGUGGUGGUACCAGAGUUUGCUCCUGUGCUUAGUACUCCUGCGGCCACUACUAGGGCUGCGGCUACAACUACCACAACGACGGAACCCAAAACCAUGGCAGCAACCGCUUCAAGCACCUCGACCGAAGCCCCUCAAAAGCCCAAGAAAUCCCCCAAACCAAAGGACAAGUCCAAAGUCGCCCGCGCACCGGCCCCCACCACCGCCCCUACGGGUAUCGUCCUCACCAGCGACCAAUACGUCCAAAUAGGCUGCGACCUGCGCGACCUCGCCACCCUCCAAGACUCCCUCACCAGAGCCGUCGGCGGCGAUCUCUCCUCUUGCACCUUCCUUUUCGUCGCCGAGGUCUCCAUCACCUACAUGGAGACACCGGGAGCCGACGCCGUCAUAGAAUGGGCUUCCUCGCUAGGCGACUCCGAGUUUGUCCUUCUCGAGCAACUGCUACCUUCGGGGCCGACCCACCCGUUCGCUUCUACAAUGCUAUCGCAUUUUCAUAAACUCAACACCCCGAUCAAGAGCGUGGAUGUGUACCCUACGGUAGCCUCGCAGGUGGAGCGUUUCCGCUCUCGGGGCUGGGGCAGCGGUGAUGUGCGCGUCUGGACGCUGUGGGAGGCGUGGGCAGAUGCCGAGGAUACUUUCGUCAAUGCGGCGGAGAGACGCAGGCUGGACGAGGUGGAGCCGUUCGAUGAGUGGGAGGAGUUUGCGCUUUUUGCGAGCCAUUAUUGUGUGGUGAGGGCUAGGACGGUGGCUAGGGACGGACAGAGUAAGAAGAAAGAGAGGGGGAUCCCGAACGGAAGGGAGUUGGGGGUGCCGGUUGAGAAGGUCAAGGUGAGGUGGGAUGAUGUCCCGGGGCAGAGGGGUCAGAGGAGGUUUGCGGCUGGGGCGGUGUUGACUUCUUCUUCUUCUUCGAGUUUGGGAAAGAAAGAGGAGGUAAAACUGCUGAACGUUAUGGGGCUGGGGACGAAGAGCCGGUUGCAGAACUGCGAUGUUUACGGACGGAAGAAAGUGGGAGAUGCCGACGAGGCUGACGGUACUGACGAAGAAAAGACGGCGGUGCCGUUCACUUUCCGUGAAGGCGGCCCUUCAACGAGAAUGUGUCACUCGCUGACGGAUCUCGGCACUGCCCAACUCCUCGUGGGAGGACGGGCAUCACCGUCCACGCCCCUCAAAGACUGCUGGCUGUUGGAGAAGACUAACGGCAGCGAGAGUGAAUGGGCAUGGAAACGCACCAAUGAUCUCCCGAUUCCGCUCUACAGGCAUUCUGUCACGAGAUUGGGGAAGACAGACAUGGCGCUGCUCGCCGGUGGAAGGGGAGUUGCCGAUAUCUUCCCUGACUGGCUUCUCUAUGAGUCCAAGCUUGGAUGGAUCAGAUGCGAGAUUGCCGGUGACGUCAAGCCGACUUCGGUGUAUGGCGCUACCCUUGCUUGCCUGCGUCAAGAGAGUGACUCGUUCUCUGGUGUGUUUGCUGGCGGCUUGAGUGAUGAUGGCCUCAUUGCUGAUCAGCUUCUGGCAUGGAACCUGGACGUAUCCGACAGCAGCAAGCCGGUCGUCACUUUUGUUCCGCUACAGGUAAAAUCUGGUGAUGAUGGCCGCGAAGAGGCUCUCUCACGUCUACUUCUCACGAGGUUUGGCGCUUCUUGCCUGCCCCAAAGUCGGACCGACUUCUUGGUCUUUGGUGGUGUUAUCAAGGACCACCUUUUGGAUAUGGACGACGAGAUCCUGCUAUGCUCACUCAAGGGCGACGGAGAACUCACAAUCACGCGACGACUCGCUCCCGAGGCCGCUAAUGCUGAAUCAUCAUCGCACCCAGGCCCUUUGUUGUUGGUGGGAACUUCUCCAGUUGUCACGCCGGACGAUGGCAGCUUGAUGAUCAUGGGCGGCGGAGCAACAUGCUUCUCCAUGGGAACCUUCUGGAACAAGGGUAUUUCGACUCUCGAACUGGCACUGCCGGCUGCGGUGGAGAAUGGAGCUUCGCCCAUCCCCGCACAUGGAUGGGCGCACGAGAAAACAGUCGACAUUAUCCCCGGUGAGCCAAGGAGUCUUCCUCUCCGUAAUCAGGCACCCAACGGUGCUGAGGGGGAGGUCAGUGGCAGCGUAAGCGUCCGCAAUCAACCCAUACCCCGGGUCAAGUUAGAAAAUGCUGAAGACUUCGCCAGGAUCGUACGUGAGGGUCGUCCGGUGGUUCUGGAGGGCCUAAAUCUGGGUGAUUGUGUGUCACAAUGGGGAAACGGUGACUACGUUGCGAGGAAGGUUGGGACAGACCGCAAGGUCGUGAUCCACGAGUCCACGACACCUGCAAUGGAUUUCACCACCAAGAACUUCCGCUACGUAACGACCGAGUUUGGCGACUUCAUGAGGCGCAUUGAGAAAGGUGACCGGCUGUACCUGAGGGCGCUAUCGACCGACAAACCGACGGAAAAGCCAGCCGUUCUAAGUGACGACUUUCCCUCGUUGGCUACUGAUUUUGUGUUGCCGCCUGAGCUGGCCUUGGUAGGCGAGAGACUGUUCAGCUCGGUCCUACGAGUAUCUGGGCCGGUCAACAUGUGGUUGCAUUACGAUGUCAUGGCCAAUGUGUACUGCCAAAUCGGCGGCUCGAAGCGCAUGAUUCUUUUCCCGCCGUCCGAUGUUGAGCAUCUCAGUUUUGCUCCUGGGGCAUCGAGUUCCAGUAUCGAUGUCUUUUCUACUCUUUUCGGGGAGUCGAGUGACUCGAGAUACUUGGCUCAAGUGACGCAUCCUCACGAAACUGUCAUGACUCCAGGAGACGUCCUCUUCUUGCCCCCACUAUGGCUGCACACGGCGACUCCUAAUUCGGAUAGCAGCAUUGCGGUAAACGUCUUCUUCCGCGAUCUCGAAGGCGGUUGCUAUGCAGCUGGGAAAGAUGUGUAUGGGAACAGAGAUCUGGCGGCCUAUGAAAAGGGCCGAACGGACUUAACCCGUAUUGCGAACAGCUUCCAGAAGCUGCCGGCUGAGGCGAGGGAAUUUUAUCUGUUGAGACUUGCAGACGAGCUUCGGAGGAAAGCCAAGGGAGCCCAGUAGCGGAAGAGUCGUCAGUCCGUUUUGUCAAUGUAAGCCUUCGGAUGCCCGGAUUGACGUUUUGGCCUGUUGUCCCAAUACGUUGGUGGUACAAUACCGUAGAUACGUUCGUGUUACCGGCUACAGCGUCGGUAUGAUACAAGAUGGCACACCAGUCCAUGUGCCUGUCGUCCGUAGGUACCUGAGUGGCCAUGGCCUGCAUAUCAGAGAAACAGUUAUCACCUAGCGAAGAUUACCAGGUCUCAUGUGUAC